CAAUGAUAUCAGCCAUCAGACAGGACAGACACCAAACCAUCAACAACAAGACCAAGACCAAGACUGCUGGUACCAACACAGUUUACUUUCACACCGACAUGGAUACUUUAGUACUUACAAGGUAUUGAACACAUACUCCACCACAUUCUCCACAUACAUACAUACAUACAUAUAUACAAUAAAGAACAACAGCUAAAGCCUACAGCUGAUUCAGCUUGCAUGGAAACACACCCCUUGAAUUUUACUAUAAAUUUCUAGUUGUCUAUGACUCUUGUGCUUGUGUAUAGUAAAUAAAUGAACAAUUAAAAAUUAAAAAAUUAAUUAUUAACCGUAAACACCAUAAAUAGUUUUAAAAUUUAAAAUAACAAAUAAUUGUGCCGAACAAAUAACCAAGUGAACAAAAUAGUUGGAGUAAAUAAAAAAAAGGAAAAAAAAAUGAACUGUUUUAUGCGGACAAUUGACACAUCAUUUUAUUAAUCACUGAAAAUAAUAAAUCGAGGUCAUAUGUAAUUGAAUGGUUACUUCUUCUUGUUCUUCUAUUGAUAUCGAGCACUCUUGACGGUUGUUUCAUGGAGAUUUAUGAUUUUUAUUUAUCUCCUGGUCUCAAGUUCUGCUCGUUUCUGUUGGUUAGCUGUCAAAAAUUAAUUAAUUAUAAAAAUAGCUGGCGAAUUAAUUUAAAUAAAUUUUUCUAAGCCCGUUCAUCGCAAGGUGCUCUGGAUUUAAAAAUAUAGUGCUAUCUACACGACAAGCGUACAAGUUAACUCUUGUGUCACUGUGAUGUUUCAAUCAGGUUUUGGCUGCAACCUUCCAUUCCCAAGUUGUCUCGGUUAUCCGCAAGACAGUGAAGAAUUGAUUCCCAAAAUGGCUAGAGAACCAAUUAUUCUUAAUGUUUAUGACAUGUAUUGGAUGAAUGAGUACACAACACCUAUUGGCUUAGGAGUCUUCCAUUCGGGCGUUGAAAUUUAUGGUGUUGAAUACGCUUAUGGUGGUCAUUCACUCCCAAUAUCUGGUAUUUUUGAAAUAGCACCGCGCGAUGCUGAUGAACUUGGUGAACAAUUUAGAUUUCGGCAAUCAGUCCAUAUCGGAUACACCGAUUUUACGGAAGAAGAUGUUGCUAGAAUUGUCACUGAAUUGGGAAAAGAUUUUCGUGGUGAUCGUUAUCAUUUGAUGAAUAAAAAUUGCAAUCAUUUUAGUGGACAAUUGACUCAGAUAUUAUGUGGACAAGAAAUUCCUGGAUGGGUUAAUCGCUUAGCAUACUUCAGUUCAUGUGUUCCAUUUCUACAACGUUGUUUGCCUAAAGAAUGGCUGACACCAGAUGCUUUAACUCAUUCACUGAGUCAUGUAAAUCAUCGCGAGAGUACACCACCUUCUGAGACUUCAUUGUAACAUUUGGUGUCUGAUGAUGGCAGCGAGUGUAAUAUUUUGAAAUGCCGCAAGAGUCGUACGUUUUAGAUUAUUAUUAAUAAAAUAAUAAAUACCAUGCCAAGUAGCGUAUCACCUGGAUUAUUUCAAGAUGCACUUGCCAUCAUCGGAGCGAACCGUAUCAUGUUCGGAUAGCAAAAUUUUUUUUUCUUAUUUUUCAGCGAGUAAGUAAAUUAACGAAACUAAAAAGUAAUAAUAAUGAUAAUGAUAAUGAAUAAUGAAAAUAAUGCCUUCCUUGCAACGUUGUAUUUUUAAAAUCAUCCAGCGUAAACGUAAGCGAUAAUUACUUGUUAAACAGUCGAAGUUUAAUAGUUGAUUAACGAAGUAAUAAUAAAUAAAAUAAUGAUUAUGAAUAAUAAGAAAAAAAAAAACAUGCCUACAAAUCAAAGUGAUUAGGAGACUGAGAAAUGCAACAAUUUUUUGGAUAAUAUUGAGACAGAAAAAUUUAUGUGCACGGAGAUAUUUCGCUUCCUGUUUAUGAAUGAGUGCAUAUAAAUAAAUAAUAAUAAUAAUAAUAGAAAAAUAAUAACUAAAGUUCUUUCUCGUUUUUAAUAAAUAAAAUGAAACUAAGGAGUAAUGUAGUUGAUGCUUUAAGAUAACUUUGUAUCAAUAACCUUUUAAUUAUUGUGAAGAAAUAGCAUUCAUAAUAAUAACAAAAAUAAUUAUUAUUAUUACUGUAAGUGAAUUUAAAUAAUUCACGCGUCCACUACUUUAAAACAAUGUCAGUUGCGACUUGGAACGUUUCUGUGAUGGACAAACGUCAGUAAGACACCAGAUAAAUUAUUGAUCGUUUUUUUUUUUUUAAUUAAUUUUAUUUUCUGACUUGCACUCUAUACUCAGUUAUUUUUACCGUCAAUUGUCUUACGUAGUUUUUUAAUUUACAAAAGUAUUUAUUACAAUUACUGUACUGUUAUUUUAAAAUCUCAAUGCAUUUAACUUGAGUCUCAAUCACUCAGUGUUGUUUAUACAUUAAAAUUAAAUAAAAAAAAAAAAAUAAUAAAUUACAGUACGCUGUGUAUUGCGAUUAUAGAGAAAAAUGUUAAUUAAGUAAUUAUUCGGUUAAAUCGUUGUCUGGCGUAUGAUGUUACAGGAUUUAAAAAAUUUAGUAAAAUUAUUAACGAUUGAGUGAUGAAUGAAGAGGAGAAUAUGCAUGUUGUGUAGACAUUUUUUAUUAUUAAUACUAAUAAUGACUACUAUAAUAAUAAUAAUAAUAAUAAUAAUAAUAAUAAUAAUUAAAUAAUAACGAUCGCCGUGAAUUUAUAAUUACUUUUGUUUUAAAAUUUUUUUUUUAAUGUACUGUCAAUUAUAUAUUAUUAAUUUAUACACGCAAAGCAAAUACUAAAAAAUUAUGUUUAUUUUUCUUAUAUCUCAAUUAAUUAUAAUACGCACAUUAUGAUUAUUGACUUUCAUUAUAUUGAAUUAU